CACUGAACCAAGGCAGACAGUGCCUGAAUCAUCGGACGCUCCUCCCUCACAUCCGGAUCCUACACCAUCUCAGAUCAGCCAUCCCACUGCAGCUGGCUCCCUGGCAGCGAACGCCAGAACUAAGCUAAUUUCUAUGGGUUAUGAUGCGGGGUCAUUAUGGGAGCAGAGUAUUGAAUGGGGCAUCAAGAUCCGUUUCGACAUGUUAACAAUACACAAUACCUAAGAUUCAUCGAGUCGGGUCUCAUGGCGUGGCUCAUGGCUUUUGGAAAAGUUCUUGGAGGUGAAAAACGCGCCAAGGCAAUGCUCGCGGGUCAGGGCGUCUCGCUCAUACUCAAAUCGGCGAACGUCAAUUUCAGACGACCGGUGACAUUUCCUGACACACUUUUGAUCGGCCAAAGGCCGACCGUCUCUUCGAGCCGCACGCAGUUCACUCUGAAUGCUGUGCUUUAUUCGUAUUCACAACAAGCGAUCGUUGCGGACUCGGUUGGCGUGCUUGUUUGGUAUGACUACGACAGCCUGAGGAAAUGCAAUCCUGGGGAGGACACAUGGCGCAUUCUGAAGGCUGCCUCGCAUGAUGGUCAAGGGGGGAACUGACCUCCAUAUGUUUUAGCUGAGCUCGGAUCUAGUAUAUGUAUGCUAGAUGAUUACCUUGAAUAUUUGGCACUGGAACGACAGUGACCGACCUGCC